AUGUGUGCCGCCACUCCAACGAGCGCUGAAAAAUAUCUCGCCGACGCCGAAGGCGGAGUGCUGUCAAUCACCUCCCACGAGGAUGUCUUACGGGUCGCAUUUAUACAAACGUGUAAAACGCUGGAUGGACCGGGGUGGGUGUUUGAGCCUGUUGAGAAACUUCAUGCCCACGGCUUUUCCUUUGGUAAGGACGACUUACGCUUCAAUCGGUAUGUGGCCGCUAUCGUUGGAGUGAACUCUCUGCAGUAUUCUCUACUAAUACCCAUUACUCCCGAUGUGUGUAGCUCUCUCGAUGCUUUCUACAUCACACAGAUUGUGACAGCUCUUUACCGGCACGAUCCAUCACUGGAAGAAGAGUUUCUUCCAUUCUCCGAAUUUGACGACUUUUACCAGACUCACUAUGAUCUUUUGCACCCAUCUGUUUGGCGCUCAUAUUAUUCGGUCCCUUUCCUGAGCCAGCGCAUAACAGCGCGAUUUUACCGCCUCCCUGAUCUUCUGGACCUUCCGGAUUCAACAGAGCCAUUCAUAUUUGUGCCCCGUGAACGUCAUAUAGGACCUACUCAGAUCCUCAAACUUCCACGAUGGGCAUACACUGUCUCGGUAACUCGCAAAGGAAACAAAUUGCUUCCAGAGGGGGCGAUUAUAUCGUUAGCCCUCACUACGCUAGCGGAAACCAUGACCAGACUUCACGAAGCCUGUCCCAGCGCACAGCAAUAUUCAGAAUCAUAUGCACGCUUUUGGCUUAACUCCUACCCUGGUAAGGAUGGAUGGAGGCCGUAUGCCUUUGGUGUUCUCAUUGCAAUGGGACACUGGAAUAUUCACGGGUUGGAAGCGCAGUAUCACGCUCAAAUGGCAGGACAGGAGAUUACAGGGCCGCCACGAGACCUUUUCUGCGGGUUUCCGGACGGGGGUCUUGCGGCAGAGGCGGCACACAGGGGAUGGCAGGAGGAGAUUGGAGGUGAGGAGGAAGUUCAAUUCUUAGCCGCUGUCGCGGCCGAGGAAACCGCUGGCCUUCUUGAAGAAGGAACCGAGAUCGGCAAGUUUGACUUGUCGGUCAGGUCACACAUUUUACUUGCAGUCAUGCACGCUGCAGUCAAGGAUGAAUCCGAGAAAGCACAGUUCCUGGAAGAGCUCGAGAAACGAAUGGUGCAGGCAGGAACAGCCAAGCCGGAGACGGUUGGGAGAUGGAUCCAGGAGGCUCUGAACGUUAUGGAGCCAUAUGCGCACGAUUGGCAGGACGCACGGCAUAGCUCUGCUGGGUCUGACUCUGUGCGAGACAGGAAGAUGAUAUUCCGGCAAAUCCUGGUGGAGAAUCCGCAGCUUUUUGCGAGGUGGAGAUGGUCUUCCUAUGCAAAGGGGUUUAAUUUCCAGCUUGAAGCCCGGGUGUAA